AUGUUGAUGAAAGAGUACCGGACAUGCAUGCCCCUGACAGUGGAGGAGUACCAAAUUGGCCAGCUCUACAUGAUCAGUAAGCACAGCAGUGAGCAGAGUGGAGGAGGAGAAGGCAUCGAGGUGGUGAAGAAUGAGCCAGAGGUGCACCCCAAGUACGGCCAGGGCCAGCUGACAGAGAAGAGGAUCUACCUCAACAGUAAACUGCCAGGAUGGGUCAAAGCAUUUGUGCCACGCUUUUUUUAUAUAACAGAGAAGGCCUGGAACUUCUACCCCUACACAUUGACAGAGUACUCAGUAUCAUUCCUCCCCAAGUUCAGCAUCCGCAUUGAGACCAGAUUUGAGAACAACAAAGGCGAUAACGACAAUGUGUUUGGGGACAAGCCCACUCCACCUGAGAGUGUCACAUUCCUGGACAUCGUCAGCGACCCCAUCCCACAGAAGCACUACAAAGAAGCAGAGGACCUGAGUCUGUGGCGGUCCAGUAAAACGGGUCGUGGUCCUCUGGAGGAGGGCUGGAGGCUCCAGCAGCAGCCCAUCAUGUGCUCUUACAAACGGGUUCACUGCAGCUUCGAAGUCUACGGCUUCCAGACCAAAACAGAGGAGUUCAUCCACCGAAACAUUAAGGACAUUCUUCUAGUCGGACACAGGCAAGCAGUGGCCUGGGUUGAUGAAUGGCAUGGUCUGAGUUUGGAGCAGGUGAGGGAGUAUGAGCGUAUCAUGCAGGAGAAGACCAACACCAAAGUCAAAUGUACCACAGGACCCCCACCCGCCUCACGUCCCAUCUUCUCACGCUCCCUCUCUGUGACUGACGAGCGCGCUCUCAAGAAGAUGGGAGUGGUGACCGCAGCCCUGCCUGAGCCUGCCUCCUCCACGCUGCAUGGCCACGGUCGCCUCAACUCCACUCCUGAAUGA